AAAACAAGACCAUUUGUUCUUGAGAGACACAUGUUUAAAUCACGUUUCAGGCACGACGUGUUGUCUAAGAUCACUGUUAUGUAAGUAACACGUGGGCAGCUCGACGUUACAUAAGCCGUGUGUCCAUCAUGCAGCUGAGCUAACGGAGCUAACAGAGCUAACAGAGCUAGCUCGCGGUGUGCAGCAGAUGGUCUCCUCCUCCAGGCUCCGUCUAGUUUGGCGUCAUUUCGUCAACAGUGGGAUGGGAGAGAUGGGCUCCAAAGCCCAGGUACCAACUCCAGAGACGGCGCUCCCCGGCCGGACCGACGCUAUGAAAGUCUCCGCAGCCAAACACCAUGCGAGCGGCAGCAGGACCGUUCCACCUUUUCCGGAGGGGACGGAGACGGUUGUAUUUGGCAUGGGCUGCUUCUGGGGAGCCGAGAGGAAGUUUUGGAAACAAAAAGGGGUUUAUUCCACCCAAGUGGGCUACGCGGGAGGAUGCACACCUAACCCCACCUACAGGGAAGUCUGCACAGGUAUGACGGGCCACGCCGAGGUGGUGAGAGUCGUCUUCCACCCGGAGCAGAUCAGCUUCUCCAGCCUGCUCAAAGUGUUCUGGGAAAACCACAACCCGACUCAAGGGAUGCGACAGGGGAACGAUGUCGGGACGGUGUACCGCUCCACCAUCUACGCCGACACAAAGCAGCAGCUGGAGGAAGUUUUGGCCUCCAAAGAUCAAUACCAGAAGGUGCUGACCGAGGAAGGUUUCGGCGCCAUCACAACAGAAAUAGCCGACGGCCGGCUUUUCUACUACGCCGAGGAUUACCACCAGCAGUACCUGAGUAAGGACCCAGGUGGAUACUGCAGCCUGGACGGGACAGGAGUCUCCUGUCCGAUAGGGAUCAAGGCUUAGGCAGCCAUCGGCGUCUGCAAGGAUGUAGCGAUGGAGAUAAUGAAUGCACUUCGGAUCAUCGGUCUGAUAUUUGAACUCUUUUAUUUGCGCCCGUGAAUGCGAUGAUGUCGGUAUCUCCCACGUGUCUCAUGAACCGCAGCGUAGACGCCGUCUUCUCGGCUCUUUUGCCGUUUGUCGACUGCACCAGUGCCUCAAAAUAUUCGUGACUGACGUGCGUCGUAGGGCGUCACUUAAGCGAAGGCUUCACACAAAGUACGCUCCCUGACACAUGCGGGGCAAUCUCAUAUGUUAGAUAUGUCCAAAUAUGUGUAAUCGAAUGAAAUGUAGUGAAAGAAAUCAGUCAGACUGCAAGAAAAUCCUCAACUAAAAAACAACAUUGCAACAUUAUUUAACAAUCAAGCGUUUGACACUACAGUCUUUAAUGUUUUGUUUAUAUAUCGCUAAAUUACUUCGACAAAAGGAAUCUAACAAAGUGUGACUCCACAAUUCCCUACAUAUAUAUACUGUAUAUAAUACACAUAUAGCGUGUCGAGGAAUAAAACAUAUUAAAAGCUUUCAAAUUCAGAA